GGUGCAUGAGGGCGCAUGCGCAGCGGAGCCGUGGGUGUGCGCGGCGCGGCGCGCCAGUCUUGAUGCCCCGGCAUGGGUUACCGCUGCUGUCCCUGCUGUCGCUCUUGGUCGGCGCGUGGCUCAAGCUAGGAAGUGGACAGGCUACUAGCAUGGUCCAACUGCAGGGUGGGAGAUUCCUGAUGGGAACAAAUUCUCCAGACAGCAGAGAUGGUGAAGGCCCUGUGCGGGAGGUGACAGUGAAACCCUUUGCCAUCGACAUAUUUCCUGUCACCAACAAAGAUUUCAGGGAUUUUGUCAGGGAGAAAAAGUAUCGGACAGAGGCUGAGAUGUUUGGAUGGAGCUUUGUCUUUGAGGACUUUGUCUCCGAUGAGCUGAGAAACAAAGCCACCCAGCCAAUGAAGCCUGUACUCUGGUGGCUUCCAGUGGAAAAGGCAUUUUGGAGGCAGCCUGCAGGUCCUGGCUCUGGCAUCCGAGAGAGACUGGAGCACCCAGUGUUACACGUGAGCUGGAAUGACGCCCGUGCCUACUGUGCUUGGCGGGGAAAACGGCUGCCCAUGGAGGAAGAGUGGGAGUUUGCCGCCCGAGGGGGCUUGAAGGGUCAAGUUUACCCAUGGGGGAACCGGUUCCAGCCAAACCGCACCAACCUGUGGCAGGGAAAGUUCCCCAAGGGAGACAAAGCUGAGGAUGGCUUCCAUGGAGUCUCCCCAGUGAAUGCUUUCCCCGCCCAGAACAACUACGGGCUCUAUGACCUCCUGGGCAACGUGUGGGAGUGGACAGCAUCACCGUACCAGGCCGCUGAGCAGGACAUGCGCGUCCUCCGGGGGGCAUCCUGGAUCGACACAGCUGAUGGCUCUGCCAAUCACCGGGCCCGGGUCACCACCAGAAUCUUGCUCUGUUGUCCAGGCUGGAGUGCAGUGGUGCAGUCUCAGCUCACUGCAGCCUCAAAGUGCCAGGCUCUAGCGAUUCUCCCACCUCAGCUCCUCAAGUAUCUGGGACUACAGGAUGGGCAACACUCCAGAUUCAGCCUCAGACAACCUCGGUUUCCGCUGUGCUGCAGAUGCAGGCCGGCCGCCAGGGGAGCUGUGAGCAGCCAGGUGGUGACAAGGAGAAAAGCCCUCCAGGGUCACUGUCAUUCCCUGGCCACGUUGCAAACAGCACAAUUCCAAGCUAGGGAGCUUCAGCCUCAGGAAAGAACUUCCCCUUCCCUGUCUCCCAUCCCUCUGUGGCAGGCACCUCUCACCAGGGCAGGAGAAGACUCAGCCUUCUGUGUUUUGGAGAAGGGGCCCAACAUGUGUUGACGGUGGCUGGGAGCCAGGUGUUUCUCUUAGAGGCCAAGUAUUAUUGACACAGGAUUGCAAACACGCAAACAAUUGGAACAGAGCGCUCUGAAAGGCCAUUUGUUAAGCAUUUUUUUUUUUUUUUUGAGACGGAGUCUCGCUCUGUCGCCCAGGCUGGAGUACAGUGGCGCAAUCUUGGCUCACUGCAAGCUCCGCCUCCCGGGUUCACGCCAUUCUCCUGCCUCAGCCUCCCGAGUAGCUGGGACUACAGGCGCCCACCACCACGCCCGGCUAAUUUUUUUUUUACAUUUUUAGUAGAGACGGGGUUUCACCGUGGUCUCGAUCUCCUGACCUCGUGAUCCACCCGCCUCAGCCUCCCAAAGUGCUGGGAUUACAAGCGUGAGCCACCGCGCCCGGCCUUGUUAAGCAUUUUAAAAUCUAUUCUCUCCCCCUUUCUCCCUGGAUGAUUCAGGAAGCUGACAUUGUUUCCUCAAGGCAGAAUUUUCCUGGUUCUGUUUUCUCAGCCAGUUGCUAUGGAAGAAUGUUUUCUUCGUGGCCUCAUCUGCGGUUUCAUGUCCCUCUGAAGGAAACUAGUUUCCACUGUGUUAACAGGCAGACAUGUAACUAUUUAAAGCACAGUUCAGUCCUAAAAGGGUCUGGGAGAAUGAAAUGAUGUACUAGGUGAAGCAGUGCAUUGUGGGAAUCACAAAGCAAAUAGUACUCCAGAAAGACAAAUACCAGAAGCUUCCUAUUCUUUCUUUUUUUUUUUUUUUUUGAGACAGGAUCUUGCUCUAUUGCCCAGGCUAGAGUGCAGUGGUGAUCACAGCUCACUGCAGCCUUGAACUCCUGGGCCCAAGCAAUUCUCCCACCUCAGCCUCCUGAGUAGCUGGGACUACAAGUGUGCACCACCAUGCCUGGCUAAUUUUUUGAAUUUUUGUAGUGAUGGGCUCUCACUCUGUUGCCCAGGGUGGUCUCGAACUCCUGGCCUCAAGCGAUCCUCCCACCUCGACCUCCCAAAGGGCUGGGAUUACAGGUGUGAGUCACCUCGCCUGGGCCCACUUCUCCAUAUGCCUCCAAAAACAUGUCCCUGGAGAGUAGCCUGCUCCCACACUGUCACUGGAUGUCAUGGGGCCAAUAAAAUCUGCGAUUGUGUAUCUCA